UUUCCUAUACGCGGCUGCUCUUUGGACACGCUCCCCGCCCAUGGCUGAGCGUGCGCCGCGGAAGUCCACAGUGACAGACGUGGCGGCGCUCGGUUCGCGCUGGUGGCGGCCCCGGGGUGUGAUGAGGAGAAGCUCCGUCCUGCCCCCAGCGGGCUCGGGCCGCCCAUCUGCUCUAUAAGCGGAAUGCAGAGUCCGGCCUGGCGGCACGUUAAGCGGCUGCUGUGUCUGAUGGGCCGGAGGCCUGACCUGCUGUGCGGGGCCAUAGCGCUGACCUGCGCCCUCCUGGUGGCUCUCAGGUUCACCUGCAGCCGUGCCAAAGAUGUCACCAUGCCAGCAAAGCUGCCCAUGCGCUUUUUCACCACCGAGUCACCAGUGGUGGACCUCUUCCUCGGCCAGAUUGACUAUGCAGAUAUCCUUCGUCAGGACUCGGAGAUAACCUUGUUUUUUCUGUAUGCGCCCUGGUGUGCACAGUCCAAUGCUGCAAGAGAACAAAUUGAGCAUGUGGCUAAUAAGCUUGCAGAUCAGGUACUUUUUGUGGCUGUCAACUGCUGGUGGCAUCACGGCAAAUGCAGGAAACAAAGAAGUUUUUUUUAUUUCCCAGUGAUUAACUUGUAUCAUAGGAGUUUUGGACCCAUUGAGUAUAAAGGCCCCUUGACAGCAGGAUAUAUUGAGAAGUUUAUUCGAAGAGUUAUGAGCCCUGUUUUUAUAUAUUCCUUCCAAGGAAAAAUUAAGGAUUUCCUUUCCAGCUUGGAGCCUGGUGUCCUGGGUUUUUUCGAAUUCAAUGCGUCACCUCAACCUCCUGGUUAUCUGACAUUUUUUAGAUCUGCUUUGCACUCAUUACAAAAAGAUUACAUAGAUACAAUUCGAUUUGGAGUAAUCACUUGUCAAGCACUCGCAAAGGAAAUCUCUCUCAGCAGUCCAGGAAGCGUUUAUUUGCAUAGAAACAUCAAUUCCUCUUUAGUCUACCCAAAUCAUGAAAUGAAUUUUACAGGCUGCAAUAUCUGCAAAUGGGCAUUAGAUAAUCGCGAGAGCCUGCUGCACUGGAUACGUCCUCAUGGUGGCAAAAGUCUUCUCCUAAAUAAUGAGCUAAAGAAAGGGCCGGCUCUCUUCAUGUUCAUACCAUAACCACUAGCUGAAGAACAGCCUCUGCUGGACGAGAUCAUGGAACUUGCCCUGAAGUAUAACAGCUGCACUCGGAGCCCCUACACUAACCAGCAGGAGCAAGACGACCUGGACCCGGCAUCAUAUAAAGCAUCAAAGGCAUUCCCUUGUUGUAACACUGUCAUCCUUCCACAGUGGCAUCUCCUGUCCAGGGUCCAGAACGUGUGCGUGCUGUGUGUGAACCAGAGCAGAGGAGUCUCCCUGCACACAGUCACUGCGCCACGCUGCAACUUUGUGGACCUCACCGCAGCCUUACAGUCAUUCUACCUCAAAGAACAAUUCUUUCUGAACUUCAUGUCGACUGUGAGAGCAUGCAGCAACUUUCUCAGCUCCUACAGCCCCUAUUUCUUCUAUUCUGCAUGUUGUCAGAAGGUAAGCAAAGGAUUGACCGCUUUCACCACCAGCCAAGACAAUGCAUCCUUUGCGCUUUCUUCCCAAGGGAAGGUCCCCAAUGGGAAGUUGUCACGUAAAGUGCCUCAUAUUGAGGAGAAGGGACAAGUCACUUCCAGCUAUCAUAUAAACAAUGACAGUAUCACUGGCCUCAGGUGCAGGACCAACAAGACCUUAAAUAUGUAUCUUCUGGACUCCAAUUUAUCCUGGUUGUAUGCGGAGAGACUGGGAGCUUCUGGACGGGAGAGGAAGUUUGCUGCUAUCAUUGAUUUGAAAGAAGAGCUUCAUUAUAUCAUAGACCAGAGCCAGCCUCUCAUCGGACCUACAUUAGAGGUUUUCAUCCAGAACUUCAGCAAAGUUUACAGCCCACUGAGGAGACAUCUUGCCGGUGACCCUGCACAGAGCACGCUCAGACCCCAGCUAAUUACUGAAGUAACCACUACUACCUUUCGUCACGUUGUAUUGGACAGCGGAAAGGAUGUCUUGUUGCUCUUCUAUACAAGCUGGUGUGGUUUUUGCGCCACGCUGAAUCAUAUUUUCAUCCGAGUCACCCAGCUGCUGUCUACAGACAGUCUCAUUGUAACUAGAAUAAAUAUUGCACAGAAUGAUCUCCCAUGGGAGUUUAUGGUGGACCGCGUUCCCACUAUUAUGCUGUUCCCUCAGAAUAGGAAAGACCGCAGCAUAAAGUAUCCUGAAGAUGAGCCGGUCACCGUUCCGAACCUUCUGCGAUUCAUUCUAAAAUAUGCCACCCUGCCUUCCACUGCUGCCGAUCCACCAGCCUCUUGCCCAAUGCACUACCUACAGUACAAAGUGGGUCAUGUUUCCUACUUGGAACGAGAGAUCCAGAGACUCCGAGCUGAAAUUGAAGUUUUACAUGCGGCUCAGGAUCAGCUGGCAGAACGUAUAUCAGAAGCUAGAAAAGACGCACAAGACCUUAAAGUACAAAAACUGAAAUUAGAACAACACAAUAAAGCACUGGAGGACCACAAGGAGCAAAUGCAAGCACUGUACGAGCAGAAAGCACGGGAGGUGGGAACAAUGGCCGACAAGAUCCGUGAGUUGGUAUCCGCUUCCGAAAGUCUCCUGGCGGAAAAUGCCAUGCUCAAGUUUUUAAUGGUAUCAUUAGAAGCCAAAAACAAAGCAAAACCGGAGACUGAAAAUCCCGAUAACCUUGAGGAUGGAGCUAGGCCAGCCUAUGGUGGUACUGAAGCUUUGGAGGGACCCUCUGAUGGCUCCACCACAGACGGUCCAGUGACAUUAGAGUACAACAAAGAGAAUAGAACAGACUGAACAUUUUAUUAGAAAUAUUUGGAAAUAUAUUUAUACAGAUUUUCGUACUGUAAAUAUCUUUUGCAGGUGGG